CUGGUUGAUCUACCAACCGAAGUCCUCGUCGAGAUCUUCAAUCAUCUUCCCGAAAAAGACAUAUCGACUGUCCGUCUCGUCUGCAAGAAACUCUGUGAUGCCGCUACUCCACGAUUCGCCAAGGUUAACUUCACUGAGAGGACCCAUGUUGUUUCUCCUUACAGUAUCGAUAAACUAGUGAGCAUCGCAGAACAUCCCAUAUACGGACAGUGCGUGAAG